GCAUUCUUGUCACCAUCGUCGAGAACGUUUUUUUUUAAAUAUCAGAAGAUGAAUUCGCAUCAAGCGACGGCGAUCUUUGUAUUGGUCUACUGCUGCGGCGGAGUAGGUCGUACUGUUUGGGCAAACAUCGUCGACGGACGCUACUACGAACCUCAUCACCAUCAAAUCGGCGGAGGUUACUUGUACGGAACCGGCUCUUACCACCGAGGACGUCAACAUUAUCGGAAUAUCGGCCUGAUCGGUAAUGGCAUCGGCAACUCUCGUCUGCCUCAAAUGCCCGCCUUGGCUUCAAUCGCAACGACCGCCGCCGUGGCGAUGCCCCGAAACAAUUAUAUUAGCCGCGGUCACCGCCCGUACCAAAACGUUAUAAUACCGAUGUCUCCGUAUUUCUGGUCGGCACCGAGAUCCGGUCUGCAUCGCGGUAACGACUAUUACCGUGGUCUUGGUAGUGUAACUGCCGUCGCGAAGAACCAACAGCAGCUGUUUGGCGGACUGAUCCCGAAGAAAACGCGAAAGAUCGUCAUCGACGGGCCGGGCGGACACGUCUCUCAGUCAUUUAUCCGCGGACCUAAUACUCAUCAUUACGGUUACCGUUGAGCGUUGACAAACGACGGCUUUUCCAAUCCGAAUUCCACAUAUAUUUUUGAAUCGAUCAUCAAUAUUGUGUCUCCUAGACCAGUAUGAUCUGGGCUGGUUUUUUCAAUAGACACAAAAUUGUUUGAUUAGUAAUUUAAUUUGAUAUGGAUUUUUUUUUGUGUAUAAGUA